AUGGCGAAAGACGUGUUUGUUUUGUUGUGUGCCGGUCUGUGUUUACAGUUUGCGUUCGGUCAAUUCGGAUUCUUUCCCCAACGUGAGAAUCGUCGCUUCAAUUCUUUCGGAGCUGUCCAAAACUUCUUCGAAAAUCCAAGAAAAACAUUACAAACUAUCCUCCACUUCGGACCUGAUAGAGAAAAUCAAAACAGGCCGGGAAUAAUAAACGGACUAAAUUACGAUCAAUAUGGAAGACCAAAUUAUCCAAACAACUUGAACCCUAAUCAAUAUUACUAUGAUAGUUUUAACUAUCCAGACAGAGAUCAUAACAAUGGUAAUAAUGUAAUAUUCGAGCCCAGAGUAACGGACAUUCCAUUUGAGGGUAGUGUCAGUCCAAACAAAGAUACUAAUAACUAUCCAAUUCAAUAUCCAGGAAUAUCGAAUGAAGAAUAUAACAUAGAUAUAGUUGAAAAUUCUGAUAAUAAGCCAGGUAUUGGAGUGAAUUUCGAGGAAAACAGUGAAGGUACCCCGGACACAACUCCAACUGAUUUCAAUAAUGGUAACAAUGACAGUGCAUCGAAUAAUGAAUUUGGAAAUGGUAAUAUUUUCAACGUGCCACCAUCUGAAUUCGAAGACAGAAACAACGGAAUCCCUAAUGUUCCACCACCUGGGUUCGAAGACAGAAACAACGGAAUCCCCAACGUUCCGUCACCUGGAUUUGAAGAUACAAAUAAUGGGAUUCCAAACGUUCCACCACCUGGAUUUGAAGACAGGAAUAAUGGAAUACCAAAUACCCCACCCGUUACUGAUACGCCAUUGACGACGCUGGCGCCACUGACCCCGGUACCUGAUUCGGAUACUAGGAACAACUUCAACUUCGGAAGCCAAGGAAUAUUCAUGCAGACAUGUGAAACUCUGGACGGAGGUAUAGGCAGCUGCAUCAACGUGUUCCAGUGUGAGCCGUACUUCAAAUUACUCAAGCAAUCCAAAAGUAAUCCUGCUGCUGUACAGGUCUUGAGGAAGGCGCAUUGUGGCUUUGAUGGCAACAAUCCAAAGGUCUGCUGCCCCAGCCACAGUAUACCCACCGACCCGCCUAAAGUCGUGACACCCACGGAAGCCCCUGUAACUCCGGCAACGGAAGCCCCUCUGCCAUCAGGCAAGAAGGUUGAUGGGGACUACGUCAGUGCGUUGCCGGAGCCCCCAGUGUGUGGUGUCAGUAACGCCUCCUUCACCAGGGUGGUGGGUGGUGUUAAUGCUAAACUGGGUGAUUUCCCCUGGAUGGCGCUAUUGGGAUACAAAGGACGUGGUGGGCAGGGCACGCGGUGGCUGUGCGGCGGCUCCCUCAUCUCUUCGCGUCACGUGCUCACCGCCGCCCACUGCAUACACGGACAUGAGGAUGACCUAUAUUUAGUCCGGCUGGGUGAACUGGACUUGGCGAAAGACGACGAGGGAGCUACCCCCGUCGAUGUGCUCAUUAAAAACAAGAUCAAACACGAGGAGUACAGCCCCAAGGCGUUCACUAACGAUAUAGGAAUUCUUGUACUGGAUAGAAAGGUCAAGUUUACAAACUUCAUCCGACCCAUCUGCAUCCCGAAAGAUAGAGAGUUGCGGGCGAGGAGCUUCGUCAACUACAACCCCAUCAUUGCUGGAUGGGGUGACACAGAAUUUCGCGGUCCAACGGCCACACUUCUGCAAGCUUUGCAACUACCCGUGGUGACCAACGAGUUCUGCGCGCAAGCAUACUCUCAGUACAAGGCGCAAAAGAUCGACGAGCGCGUACUUUGCGCGGGCUACAAAAAUGGCGGUAAAGACGCUUGUCAAGGUGACAGCGGCGGCCCGCUCAUGCAGCCUAUCUGGAACUCGAAGAAGUUUGUCACGCACUUCUACCAAAUCGGCGUAGUGUCGUAUGGCAAGAGAUGUGCUGAGGCUGGCUUCCCAGGAGUCUACACCAGGGUGACGCAUUUCGUUCCUUGGUUGGAGGAAAAAGUGGUGGGGACAGUUUAA